AUGGCACCCUCAAAGCCCAAGGCGGGCCAUGUUAACAUGAUGGCUGAUACGAAUAUCGCCAAUCUGCCCGUCGAAGGACUGCGAGCUGUUAUGCGUGGCAUUCUAGCCAAUAGACCGGAUUGUACGCCUAUCUUUGAAGAACAGACGAAAAAUUAUUUGGAAGAGACUGCUUCCAAAUUCUCUGAUGUCGUUGUGGUCGAGCAGACAGUCGACGGUCCUUUCCGAACGACACCCUCGUUCCAGCAACUACGGAAACGCAUUUGUUGCAUGGUGGGAUGUGGUCUAUGCUACCAGGCCAUCCCUCUGCUCCAAAGUAUCGUUGAACAAGUCUCCCAGAUCAAGCUCAGCUCCGACCAGUCGGCUAUCGUGGACGAAAUUGCCGGUGUAGAUGGUGAUAUUAUCCAAGCCAUCACGGCCGUUCAGAAGACUCUCUUUGUAGAGACUGGAUCACGACAACUAUCGGAGACCGAAAGGCAGCCAUUGGAGGCUUUGCUGAAGGCUCUAAUGACAGGCAAGUCCGCCUGGGAGACCAACGCACAGCCCUUCGUGUUGGAACGAGGUCUCGAAGCAACUAUAGAUCUUGUCAAUCCUUCUUUGGCCACUGCUCCGGUAGCAAGCACGGAACUACUCUCUGAGAAGCCUCCUGGUGUCAUCUCGGAGACCUUUGAAAUGGCCGGUAUUCAGCUGCCUCGGCUCUUCUCUGGAUUGUGGCAGUUGUCGAGCCCCGCCUGGGGCAUCGCACCCCGCUCGAGGAUCAUGCAGCAAUUCUCCAAGCAUGUGGGGAGCGGUCUUACAGCUUUUGAUAUGGCCGAUCAUUACGGUGAUGCCGAGAUUCUGUUUGGCCAAUACCGGUCUGCAAGUAACUACUCCGACUCGCUCUUCGCCGCAACCAAAUACUGCGUCUUCCACCCCAUGACCGUUACACCCGAAGCUAUCCGUGCUAAGAUAGAUGAGCGCUGCCAGAGAUUACGCACAGAUAAACUCGAUCUAUUGCAAUUCCACUGGCAAUUUUACAAUGACCCCCAGUAUAUUGAUGCAAUGAAAUACCUGCAGCAAGACAGCCGAGUGAAACAUCUCGGUCUCUGCAACUUCGACACAGAACAUAUGGAAAAGGCCAUCGAGAGUGGAGUCAAAAUCUACACUAACCAAGUCCAGUUCUCUCUCAUCGACUCAAGACCCACAGUGAAGAUGGUAGAGUUCUGUAACAAGAACAACAUCAAGCUCCUCACCUACGGCACCCUGUUGGGUGGCCUUCUAGCCGAAAAAUGGGUCGGAAAGGAAGCUCCAGACCUCUACGCCGAAACAAUGACACCAAGUCUACGCAAGUACUUCGCCAUGAUCCAAAACUGGGGCGGCUGGCCCCUCUUCCAAGAACUCCUACACACGCUCCAAAAAAUCGGCCGUAAGCACAACGUCUCCGUCUCAAACGUUGCCACGCGAUGGGUCCUAGACUUCCCAUGCGUCGGCGCCGUGAUCGUUGGAGCUAGAAUGGGCGUCAGCGAGCAAUCACAGGAAAACCUGGCUAGUCUUGGUUGGUCGCUUGAUGCGGAUGACCAGGUACUUAUCCAGGCGAUUUUGGAUCGGAGUUCGCGGGCUGAGAUGUUUGAGAGUUUGGGUGACUGUGGGGGUGAAUAUCGAUGA